AUGGAAUUAUAUUCGCCCGAAGGAUUAAGAAUAGACGGUAGGAGAUGGAAUGAAUUGCGUCGAUUUGAAUGUCGUAUAAACACCCAUCCAAAUUCAUCAGAUGGAUCAUCAUUUGUAGAACAAGGAAAUACGAAAGUAAUGUGUAUGGUACAAGGACCAAAAGAACCAUUAUUACGAUCGCAAGCAAACAACGAACAAUCAACCAUAGAAGUGAAUCUAAACAUUGCCAGUUUUUCUACAUUUGAACGUAAGAAACGAACUAGUUCUGAAAAACGAGUGGUUGAAUUAAAAACUACCCUUGAAAAGACUUUUGAACAAAGUGUCAUGGGUCAUUUAUAUCCUAGGACAAUGAUACAGAUAGACGUCCAAGUCUUGGCUCAAGAUGGUGGAUUGUUGGCGGCGGCCACGAAUGCAAUUACUUUGGCAUUAAUAGAUGCCGGGGUGGCCAUGUAUGAUUAUGUAUCUGCCAUAAGUGCUGGUCUUCAUGAUAGAUCUCCAUUAUUGGAUUUAAAUAAUUUAGAAGAAAGUGAUAUGAGUUGUUUAACAAUUGGGGUGAUUGGGAAAAGUGAGAAAUUGGCAUUGUUAUUGUUGGAAGAUAAAAUGCCGUUGGAUAGAUUGGAAUCAGUGUUGGCUAUUGGGAUUGCUGGAAGUCAUAGAAUAAGAGAAUUGAUGGAUAAUGAAGUUAGACGACAUGGAAAUAUGAGGUCUUCAAAGUUGACCAAUUGA